AGGAGGAGGAAGAGGAGGAGGAGCACGCAGCUGCAGAGAGACCCGUUCAGGCCGAGUCCGUCUCCGUUGACGACGACCCUGGAGAGGCUCCGCCCCCUCCAGAUGCAGAUUUGAAAAAUCCACCGGAGAUGAAAACUGAGUGGACCGAAGACGAAGAGUCUCGGUCAGAGACGAAGCCAGAAGACGAGCUGAAGGCGGCUACAGAGGACCAAAACGGUGCUGAUCCACCAGCUAAAGAAGAAGCUGCAGAAGAUGAAGACGACUGCAUUAUUAUCAAAAUCCAGAAGGGCGGUGACAAAUCAGCCAAUCAGGAACCAGUAGUAAUCUGUGGCGACUCCAUCACUCCCAAGAAAAAGAAGAAGAAGAAGAAGUCCAAAAAAAGUUCUGAUGAGACAUUUCAGGUGGAGAUCGCAGAAACACCGACGACUGACAGAGACGCGCUGACCAGCCGGACAAAAAAGAAGAAAAAGAAGAGCAGAAAGAAUAGAGAAGAGGAGGAUAAAACGGAGGCGGAGGAAGAGUCUGAAGUCGUUUCACCAAAGAAGGAAGAAAAGAAGAGGAAAAGAGAGAGAAAAGAGAUGGAGCAAAAACAAGAGGAGGUUGUGUUUCCUUUAGAAAACACAGGAAAAAAGAAGAAAAAACUGAUAGAUGAGGCUAAGAUGAAAGGAAUGGAUGAAGGGAAUCUGUCACAACAGAAGAAGAGAAAAAGGGAGGAGCUGCAGUUUAAAGAUGCACCAACAGAGGGCGAGAAAGAGGAGACGAACGCCACAGCUGACUUGUCUCUGCUCUCGUCUGGAAAGAAGAAAAGGAGAUUUCAGAGGAGGAUGCUGAGCAAGAAGAGGAGGUUACAGCUUUGCAAGAAAAUGAUGAGGAUGACGCAGAACGCCCAGAGUACCAACCGGAUCAUUGCAGCAAGAAAAAGACAAAAGCAAAAACAAAGUGUGAAGUUGCUAAAGACGCAAAUAAACGCAGAACAAGAAGAAAAUUCAUCGAAGGAAAACCAGCUUCUGUGGAAGAAGAAGAAGAAGAAAUCAGUCAAGAACAUCCUGGAGGCUCCUGAGAACCAAUCCACAAUCGCUAAAGAACCCAAGAAGAAGAAGAAAGUAAAGACGGGAGAAAUCUCACCUCCUGCUGCUGUGACCCAACUUCCACGUGCAAAGAAGAAGAAGAAGGAAACGUUGAAGAUGAAACCAGAAGCUGCUCCGGAGAAAAAGAAAAAAUCCCACAAAAAGCAGAAAAACUGAAUAAUCUUGGAUUUUCUCCUCACACACCAACAGAUGCAUCUUUGGACCUGAAAACUCAAGAUGUGCCUUUUUUCAUCCUUGGUUACUCUGAUUUCUGGAGUUGUUCUCAGACAAACUGGUGAUGGGUUUAAUAUCGCUGGUGGGGAUUCACAGAGCUAAAAAUAACCCAAAACGUUUGUGUAUUUCAGCAAUAAAACUACAGUGUAGCAGUUUAACGAGCCUUAGAAACAAUUACAAUAAAGCUUUAAAUUAUGGUGAGUAGCUUUGGAUAUUUUUCACUUACUUUUAACAAGUUAAGAGAUAAUUUACCUUCAUCUUUUUUAAGAAGAUGAUACUAAUGUUGAAAAGGUAAUUGGAUCAUAUUUGGAUGAUAAAACAUGGCAGUAAAAGUAAAACAUGAAGCAGGUUUUAUAUUAUUUUGUAUUAAUGUUUGAGUUAAAAUUAUCUUUAAGGGAUCAAACUGUGAAACGGUUUAAGUUUUGAUGCGUGUUGUUCAGGGUGUUUAGUCUAAAGCUGUGAAUUUCUGUCUCAUUUUUCUGUUACUGGGGACUUUUUCCUUUGUUACAUAGAGUUUAUAGUUAAUAAACAGAGUACAUUAGUAAUCCACUACAUUUCAGUUUUGCUGAGAUAAAACCUGUGAAUAAUAGUUGCCACAAUAAAUAGAUAUAUUUAUAUAAUAUUGACAGUUCAGGUUCUAGAUGUUCAAAAAUGUAAAAUGUUUUUAAAUUAGCAAAGUAUAAACACUUUCCCUAAAGACAGUGGAACGUGUUUAAGUUUCCCAAAAGCUUUAAUUCCUGAAGUAAAACCAUGUUGACAAUUUGAUCAUUCAGAUUAUUGCCAGAGUAUAUUUACAUUCGUUCAUAUGACUGGAGAUCAGACCAGUGACUGUUACAUGGACGUCUGACACUCCUGUAAUUAUUUCUUCUGUUGUUUCACCUAUUAAAGUGUUUUUUUCUUUAAAACUGA